GACACUAGUAGGAGAUAUGAAAACAAAGCUGGAAGUUUCAUUACUGGAAUAGAUGUAACCUCCAAGGAAGCAAUUGAGAAAAAGGAACAAAGAGCAAAACGCUUUCAUUUUCGAGCUGAGGUGAAUCUCGCCCAAAGGAAUGUGGCACUGGAUCGGGACAUGAUGAAGAAAGCAAUUCCCAAAGUGAGACUGGACACAAUUUACAUUUGUGGGGUGGAUGAGAUGAGUACACAGGACAUCUUUGCCUAUUUCAAAGAGUAUCCUCCUGCUCAUAUUGAGUGGUUGGAUGAUACAUCAUGUAAUGUGGUCUGGCUUGAUGAAGUAACAGCAACACGGGCUCUAAUAAAUAUGAGUUCCUUGCCUGAUCAGGAGAAAACAAAAAGCAGAGAAAACAAUGAAGAGAAGACAGCUGAAAAACCCAAGAAAGAGAAACAGGAGGAAAGUUCUGAUGAUGAGACAGAAGAAGGCGAGGUUGAGGAUGACAAUCCGAGCGAUGCUGAGUUGGAUGCCCUCUCCCAGGUAGAAGAGGAUUCUCUCCUGCGUAAUGAUCUUCGCCCUGCCAAUAAACUGGCUAAAGGAAACAAGCUAUUCAUGAGAUUUGCUACUAAAGAUGACAAAAAAGAGCUGGGAGCUGCAAGGCGAAGCCAGUAUUACAUGAAAUAUGGCAAUCCGAAUUAUGGAGGCAUGAAGGGGAUUCUUAGCAAUUCUUGGAAACGAAGAUACCAUUCACGUCGAAUUCACCGGGAUGUGAUAAAGAAAAGGACACUUAUUGGGGAUGAUGUUGGCUUGACUCCUCCUUAUAAACAUCGUCAUUCAGGCUUAGUAAAUGUUCCUGAAGAGCCUAUAGAGGAGGAGGAAGAGGAGGAAGAAGAUCAGGAUAUGGAUGAAGAUGACAGAGUUGUGGUAGAGUACCGUGAUGAACUGCAAGCUUUCAAACAGGCCCGAGACCGCAGUGCAGCAAGACGGUCGAGUGCUAGUGCAUCUGAUUCUGAUGAAAUGGACUAUGAUCUGGAACUGAAAAUGAUAUCAACACCCUCUCCCAAAAAGAGCAUGAAAAUGACAAUGUAUGCAGAUGAGGUGGAAUCACAACUGAAAAACAUUAGGAAUUCCAUGCGAGCAGAUAGCAUAACAACCAGUAGCAUCAAAAAUCGUAUUGGAAGUAAAGGAUCAUCAGAGAAAGUUGCAGAUGUAAGACUACUGUUAGAAGAAAAACGUCAGAAUAAUACUGGGCCACGUCAGCCAAACAGCACUGUAAAAUCAGAUGUGCGGCAAAGGCUGGGAAAAAGACCACACUCUCCAGAAAUUAAACCUCCAAGUAGUACCUCUGCUCCUCGUCGAGAACCAAUAUCAGAUGUACACAGCCGGUUAGGAAUCCCCAAACAAGAUGUCAAAGGACUCUACUCUGAUACCAGAGAGAAGAAAUCAGGUAACUUAUGGACCCGAUUAGGGUCUGCUCCGAAGACGCAAGAAAAGACUUCAGAUAAACCUGAAAACUCUGUGGCAUCUCCAGAGGAAGAUGAUUCAGAGCUGCAGCGGGUUUGGGGUGCUCUCAUUAAGGAAAAAGAACAGUCUCGGCAAAAAAAGAGUCGAUUGGAUAAUUUACCGUCUCUACAAAUUGAAAUCAGCCGAGAAAGCAGUUCGGGGUCAGACACUGAAUCGUGAUUGUUUUUACAUUCUGAUCCUCAAGAUUGUGACUCUGCAGUGUGGCAAGAUUUCGUUUGCCCUAAAGCUGGACACUGGCAAAGACUCUGCAGUGAAGGUUCCAGAAGUGUCUCUGUUCCUUUUAUACAAAAAUAGAGAUACGCAUACCACUUGAAACCUAAAGCAAUCAUGUUUGUCUGGAGUCUGUGGUUGGCCCUGUGUUAUGUGGGGCAUUGUCAUCUAUGUUUAUUACAGCAAACCUAUAGUUAAGUCUAGCAAAACACUCUUCCCCAAAUGUUGAACUUAAGAGGCAGAAAUGCUCUGUAUUUUUAAGACAACCUUUUUGUUCUUAAUAUUUUUAACAUGGAGCCUUUUAACAAAGUAUUUUACACAAUUCAUCCAAAGAACAGGGCAUUUCUUAGUCAACAUCA